AUGGACCUGGUGGACAACAGUGACGAUCGCCGGGACAAUCGCCAGGCUUGGCAGGCUGUUCCUGGUCACCAGAGGUGGCAGCAUGUGGAGGCAGUGCGUUCGACCCGGCGACGUUGGGUUCCUGGUGUUGCCGUGCCUGAAGAGGACCGGUCUUUGAAGAAGGAAAUUGCCGAGUUGCGGCGUCAGCUGGCAGAGGCGCGAUCAAGAAAUCGCAGAGCUGAAGCGAGAAGUGCAGGCACUUCGUGCAGAAUGGAAGACUGUGAAGGUGAUGAUUGGAAAGGGCCGUUGCGAAGGAAGCCAGCUCGGCAGGAAGGUCUGGAUUGGUGGAUGGCCUCCGGAACAAAGCAGUAUAGAGACCAACAAGAGAUUGAAGGAGCACAUGUCAAGAGCGGGCAAGUGCACCUGGGCAUUUAUGGGCUGGAAGGGUGA